GUUAGAGCGGUGGGGGCAGGUCACAGUGUUUGUUGCUGCGAUAUCUUGGAUACGGAACUACGCCAUUAGCCACGGAUAACGUUAUUUCGAAUAAUUUCCGAUUUUAAAAUAUAAAAAUAAGUAGGGGUCGAGUCGCAGCGAUAAAAGCGACUCGGAUCUCGCAUAUUAAGUCUAAUUUUAAAUAAAUAUACACCGACCAAAUAAGGGGAUGCUGCUGCAGAACGAGCUGGAUUGUCUCAGACGGUCGCUGGAUUUAAUGUCGUCGCAUUUAUUUGGAAAAGCCAGUUUUUCGAUAGAAGAAUCCGCACACAGAAUAAAUAGUCAUCUACCGCGACCGAGCACGUUUGUGUGGUGUUGAAUUAAGAGUUAGACGACGUUAACACCGAUUCUGUAUUGUCCCGAUCAUAGCUAACAUUGGUUGGCUUUAAAGCAGUUUCGGGGUCACUGUAUUGUGUUGCAAUUGUCGCUGGUUAACGUUAGCCUGGUCUUUGUCGGUGGCUGCAGCAACAAUUAAAGUAGGAAGAAAAACUGGCCCUCGUGUCCAUUUAGUCUACUGGUUAAGGUUAGCUACCAAACAGCGCUGUUAUUUGCUCCUUUUUGUUUUGUGCAAUCAACAAACAUCGCGGCCGAGUUCACCUCAGACUCACGAUUGUGGAGUGUAAUUUGACACCGUCAACACAGUACUUCAGAGCCAUGAAGUUAUUGGAGAACUCGAGUUUUGAAGCCAUGAGCUCCCAUCUGUGUGUGGAGACGGGUGACUCUCAUAUCCUGGGCAGGAUGGAGAGUUACUCCUGCAAGAUGGCGGGCGACGACAAGCACAUGUUCAAGCAGUUCUGCCAGGUGGGCGAGCCGCACGUUUUGGAGGCCCUGUCCCCCCCCCAGUCCAGCGCCACCAGCCCCCCGCAGCUGGGUAAGAGCAGUGAGGAUGGAGAGAGCCCCCUGAGUGACACGUGCUGCAGGAAGACUCUGUUCUACCUCAUCACCACGCUCAACGAGUCCUUCCGUCCGGACUAUGACUUCAGCACCGCCCGGGCACACGAGUUCAGCCGGGAGCCCAGCCUCAACUGGGUGAUGAACGCGGUGAACGGCAGCCUGUUCUCGGCAGUGGGAGAAGAGUUCAACUCCCUCGGUCCUGAGCUGUGGAACGCCAUCGACCAGGAGAUCAACCUGCCAGGCUGCGACAUAUACAGCUAUAACCCAGACCUGGACUCUGACCCCUUUGGAGAGGAGGGCAGCCUCUGGUCCUUCAACUACUUCUUCUACAACAAGAAGCUGAAGAGGAUAGUGUUCUUCACCUGCCGCUCAGUCAGCGUCCUCAGCGGGUAUGGCCGAGACAGCCUGGACAACGAGCUGGACAUGGAGCUCGAGGACGAAGAGGAGAUGGACGAGUUCACUGAGGACAGGUUCCCCAGGGCUUUGUGUGUUUAAACUUCUCAGGGACAAACGAGCGGACCCAGGCCUCUUGGGAACAGCCGUAUACCCCUCCUCCAUAUAUAAACCUCUCCUUUUCUUUCUCUCUCUUCUCUCUUACCAUCUCUCUCUUCUGAUGGACACCAGCAUGUUGUGUCUUCUCCUCACUCUUGGCUGGAUUAAAAGAUGCUGCCCCCCAUUGCCCAGC